UUUAGCAGAUGUCUGUGGCUGUAUUUUCUUUGCUGAAGAAGUGCAGCUGGCUCGGUCAUUAUGCGCAAAAAAACUAGAGGCUUUGCGGCAGCCCAGAUUCCUUUUUGUUAGAAGACAAUUUACAGCUUUGUAACAGAUCUUUUUAUGAGCGUAUAUCGUCUGCCAUUGGACGCCACUGGUCAUGUGCAAGACGCAAACGUCUUCAUGACCCUUUUUCCAGAUUUCCCAAGCGACUUUUUCCUCUGCAUUCUGUUGCUUCAAAUCCAAAAACACAGACUGCUCAUAUAUUUGACGUUUACUGGUAUCCGUGUUAGAAAUGCGAAAAAAUCCAGAGCUUCGGUAACUUGUAUUACCGUUUACGUGUGUUGUCAGUUGCUAGAUGGUGCUUGAAUUUUUUAGUCAAACAGUUCUAGAAGACUGACACCAAAGAUGCUUCAUAAUAUUCACCAGCAACGCAGAACGGACGACAUGGAUUAUAUAGCUUUGUUUGGUCGCUGCCCAAAUUAUGACGAUCGUAUAAGGGAAAAAGAGACAGCCACACACUGCGGUCAAAGGACAGAUAAUUUGUGGGAAGCUCCAAUCACGUGACCGAGGAGCCCAUGCAAUUGGACAGGGGUGCUCAGGCCUUGCUAGUUUGAAACUUCACAAUGCAGAAAACCACUUAUUAUGACAACGCUGGACUCUUUGGAGGAUAUUCCUACCCUAAAACUGACUCCUACACAUAUGGCCCUGCUCACCAGGGCUACUCCUCAUCCAGUAUAGAGAAUGACUAUCAAAAUGCCAUCUGUCCAAUUCAAACUACAUCAGUCCGGCCGCCAGCACACAAAAAUGGAGACAUGAAUGGCAGCUGUAUGCGACCAAGUGCCAGCAACAGCAAUAGCCAACCCGAGGGUCUCGUUGAACAGCAGCAACAGCAGGCUGCUCCUUUAGCAGCCAGCUCACCCAGCCCCAACACCAGCUCCACUCAAAAAAAGAAAUCUCCCAACAGCAACGGCUCCAGCACUGCCACUCCAGUCAUCACAAAACAAAUCUUCCCAUGGAUGAAAGAGACGCGUCAAAACUCAAAGCAGAAAAGCACCAACUGCCCAGCUGCAGGAGAAACCUGCGAUGACAAGAGUCCACCUGGCCCUGCCUCGAAACGGGUGCGCACUGCCUACACCAGCGCACAACUGGUGGAGCUGGAGAAGGAGUUUCAUUUUAAUCGCUACCUGUGUCGCCCCAGAAGAGUGGAGAUGGCUAAUCUACUGAAUCUGACCGAGCGCCAAAUAAAGAUCUGGUUUCAAAACAGGAGGAUGAAGUACAAAAAAGAUCAAAAAUCUAAAGGCAUAAUGCACUCUCCCCUAGGACACUCUCCGGACAGAAGCCCGCCGUUAAGUGGCUCGAAUCAUAUUGGAUAUUCUGGUCAGCUUGCAAACGUAAACAGUCUGAGCUACGAUGCGCCAUCUCCCCCGCCAUUCGCCAAACCGCAACAGAAUAUGUAUGGCUUGGCAGCCUACACGGCGCCGUUAGGCGGCUGCAUACCGCAACAAAAACGGUACCCGGGCACAGAAUACGACCACCACAGCAUGCAGGGGAACGGUAGCUUUGCCAGUGCUAAUUUACAAGGUAGUCCCGUGUAUGUUGGGGGGAAUUUUGUUGAUUCAAUGCCAGGCUCGGGCCCCAUGUUCAACCUCGGCCAUCUUCCCCAUCCUUCAUCCGCUAGCGUGGACUACAGCUGUGCCGCUCAGAUUCCGGGCAACCACCAUCACGGACCGUGUGACCCCCACCCCACAUACACAGACCUCAGCUCUCACCACGCGUCUCAGGGAAGGCUGCAGGAUGCGCCCAAACUCACGCAUCUGCAGCAGAUCUACACACGCUGCGACCUCACGUACAACUUUCACCACUAUCAAGUCACUGAACUCGAGAAGGAGAUUCAUUUCAACAAAUACAUCAGCAGGUGUAGGAGAUCUGAAAUAGCGCAUGCUAUGCACCUGACAGGCACAUGAGGCAGAAGACGACAGAGAUGGAGGGUCUGGCCACCAGCAUGCCGCCAGAUUCCCGCCUCACCCCUGCACUCUUAAAAAAUUAAAGUUCUGAAAGGGUUCUUCAGUGAUGCCAUAAAAAGAAGAAGAACUCUUUCUUACCUUAAUAUAGUCUGGUAAAACGUUUUACUUUUCCAUGUGACUGAAAGGUUUUGCAUGUUAAAACCAUGCAGCCUAAAAAAGAAGCUUUUACGCUCUCAGAAACAUGGAAGGGUAACUUUUAAAUGGGUUAUAUUAUGACAUAUUUUUAAGAUGUAAAAUAAGUAUUGGGUCUCCCCAGAGUGCGUAUGUAAAGUUUUAGCUCAAAAUACUCCACAGAUAAUUAAUUAUAGUAUGUUAAAACUGUUACUUCAGGCCUGAGAAUGGGCUGAUUUUGGGUGUGUCCUUUAAAAUGCAAAUGAGCGGAUGAAAUGCAAAACACUGAUCGCAAUGAUGGUGGUUUGUUGAAAUUGAAACUCAAUUGUGCUGUCAAUUACUCUCUCUCUCUCUCUCUCUCUCUCUCUCUCUCUCUCUCUCUCUCUCUCUCUCUCUCAGCAACUAAACUAUCCGUGCAGAUUAAGGGGCGGUAUUAAUGUAAUUGGCUUACCUACAUCACAAAACAGCAGAAAUCUGAACGACCCAAUUUUUAACAUGAUUGGACUGACUGGCUUGCCAAAACUAAGUUACUGGGUUGAUCUUUUUCACAUUUUCUUAGUUGCUAAAAGCACCAGAGACCCAAUUAACAUAAACAUGGAAAAAGUCAGAUUUUCACGCUAUGACCCCUUUAAAAAGGUCCUAAUAUGUACCAUUUAUGUAUAGAUAUGUAACUGUUGAAAAGGUACCACUCCAGUGACAACUGUUGUACCUCAUGAUGUGCCUUCUUUCUGAGAAUGUUGGAACCUUUAUUUUUAAGAGUCUGUUAAGAGCCCUUGAGAGCCUAAGACCAAAUCAUUUCUUUACACAUCAUUUAUUAAGACUUUUGUGUCUAAUUAACACAAACACCUUGUUUAUUUUGCACUAAUCCUGUGUUAGGUACUAUAACAUUAUUAAGUCUAAUUGUACAUUACACCUUGGGUUAUAGUGUUAAGAAGAUUUGAUAGCUUUGAUAUGUGUUGGAGCUGUAAUUUAACGCUUAUGUGUUGUUGGGGCCAUUUUUGUUAUUUUCUAGUCUUAAUUUCGCCACAACUUUCUCUGUGUUUCAGCAAAUGGAAUGAGUUUUGGUGACAAAUCUUAUAUUUACACAUAUUUUAAGAAAAAUCCUUUAAAAUUUUUCAAAAACUUAACAAUAUACCGCGAGCAAAUUUACUACCCUUACGUGCUGUCAGUGGCCAAAAAUGGCCACUAAAUUAAACUGCUGUAAAAAUGUAUCAGAUGAAUUUUUUUUCUUUUUUUGCAAAUCAUUUAAAAAAAAUUGGAAACAUGUAGUAGUUUUGAUCAGUACUGACUGGUUGAUUAACAGAUUUAUGCAAAUAAUUUGAAAAAAAUAUUAAUUUGAUACAUUUUUACAGCCUUUUAAUUUAGUGGUCAUUUUUGGCCCCUAACACCACGAAAGGGUAGUGAAUUGGAACAAGGCACAAGGGUUAAACUUGAUUGUUUAUGUUGGGUAUUUGAGCUUUUAAAGUACAUUAUAAGUCAUCUUGCCUUAACUGAACUGACCUGUAAUUAAAUAAUUCUGACCUCAAGACCUCUGCUUUUUGCUCAAUGUACUCUACCUUUUAAAAUGUAACCUUCAUUUAUAAGUCAUAAAUGACAAUCUGUUAGA